GCAACGGUUAACUCGACGUCUGAGCUUGCUGGAUUUGUUGGCUGUAUUGUGUUUGGUGCUGUUAGGAGUGCAGUCCCUGUCGUUUAGUCGUUUGGAAUCUGUAGCGUCUGGUAGGUAAAUAUUAUCCUAAAGGGUGUGAAAGUUAGUUGAGACUUUGAGAGCACGUGACUUGUUGGUAGAGAACAGUGUUGGCUAAAGCGGUUGUGGUGAGUGUGUCUGUGUUGCUGUUGCGACUAUGUGCAUUUCCAAGGAAGGUGGGCGUUUGUUCCAGUUAUCAUAGUAAGCUAAAGUAAACAGUGACUAAUGACGGAUUGGCACCAUGGUGUUAUGUUUAAAGGGUGUGCCAGAACCAGUACACCAUACAGCUCAAUGAAGUUUUCUAGCUUUACUUUUCUUCCAACUUAGUUGUGCAUACGAUAUGAUGUCUUGUGAUCUAAUACACUAAUCAGUAAAAAUCUGUGCCAGUUGUGCUAUGCAUUAUCAAGUUUUAGAUGUCAGACAUGGACUGCUACAUAGCCUAUAGCAGUUACUAUGAGCAAUGUUUGGAUGGACUAAUUAUUUAGGGUUGUAUUUCAUGCAUCUAGAUGGCCAGUGUUUCCACCGGAAUUUUUUGAUUGGUAGUAACCACUUGGGUAGCUAAACUGUAGCCAAGCACUUCAUUCAGAGCCAAGAAAAAAUCACCCAAACAUGUACCAACUAACAACCCUAAAGGUGCCCGCUCACAAUUCAGCACACUUAGGCACACCCAUGCAAACUUGAAAACGUGCCGCGAUUUCAAGUUGUGUCAUAACGAAGCAGAACAAGGGAACAUCUUAGGGUGCACCACGUUCCAUAACAUACAGUCUUUAUUCCUAGUAUAGAGAGAAAGGCGAAUCGCGUUCUUGUCCGCCACGGCAGUUUCGCUUCUUGUACUUGACAUUUCGGGAAAGCUAACGACAGGUGUGUAGGUUCUUUAUUCACACAUUUACCAUUUACUGUCUUGAGAUAGCUUGCUUGCUGUUGAACGACAAAACGCUUUCUCGAUUGUUUUCUAGUUGCACGUGACCCGGAAAUGGGUGGAGCACAGAGCAUCACGUGUUGGUGUCUGAAACUUGGAGAGUGAAAUAAGCCCUGGAGAGGUGCCGGACGCCACCGGCAACACAGAUUGUGCAUUUAUCUUUACAUGGCAGAUACAAGAGCUGGCUAGAAUUGAGGAAUAGCCUAUACUCGGUGUGACAGACGAUGCGCCGAUAGUGAUGUUUCUUCUACAGAAAUUCAACAACUGCAAGUCAGAUAUUUUGUUGAUUGCUAUCAUAACCAUUUGUGUGGUUAGUCCGACUUAUCCCAAUCAACAAGGUCGUGUCUGUGUCGGUUGCUGCUGGGCUUUUAUCGCAGUCCUCUGUGUCGCGUGCGCUAUUCUCAGCGUUUUGGGUUUCAUUUUGGAUGCGUUGGCCGGAAUCAACUGUGACAAUGACGUUUUCAAAGUCGUUCCCGAUCUUAAAUCGGAAUGUGAGGACAUCACAACCAUCGGGAAAUACUUGUCCAUUGCGUCUGCCGGUGUCUUCUUCGUCACUUUCCUGCUUUCUAUCUGUCUGUGCUGCUUCGGAUGUUUCUGCCAGAGCUGCGAUGAACCCGGGAGAGAAGAUACGGUCACUUUUGUUAGAGGUGGUCGUAUCGUGUAGGACGGUCUGGAAUGCUGUCUGUCCUGCCAGAGAUGACACUCGUAUGUAAGCAAGCGCUCGUCAUAGGUUAUGCUGUAUUUAUGUGUAGAAUAGAAGAUGGCCGAUGUACUGAGUAGUCGUUUGGUAGUCGUAAGUCCAUAGUGUGAUUGAUUAGCUAAGCCAGUAACGAGGUCUGCUCCAUUUGCCCUUUCUUAUUGCUUUUUUUGAAAGUAAUGUUUUUGAUGUCUCAUCUGAAGUAUAUGUGACCCACAUCGAAA